AUGGACAUCUCACCUCAAAGCCUAAGUCUCAUAGCAGCCCUCACAAUAACCGCAUACCUCACCUCACUCUGCGCCAAAACACCCAACCCAAACCCCCCCACCCCCACCGUCAAAGACCGCAUCGCCCUCCUCACGUCAACCUCAAAAAGCAGCCGCUACGCUCUCAUCCUCCUCUGGUUCUCCCACUGCACACUCAUCCUGUUCCCCUCUUCCCGCUCCCGCUCAAACAUCUGCCUGAACCCGGACCUACUAAACGAAUCUCUCUUCGCCUGGAGCCCGACCAGCAUUACUUUCGUGCUCGUGAUCUUCAUCGCUGCGCCGAUUCGCCUGCUGGCUUAUAAACAGCUAGGCACGAAUUUCACGUUCCGACUGCAGAGGCCGGGGAGGUUGGUGAGGGACGGGUUGUAUAAGUAUGUGCAGCAUCCGUCGUAUACGACGCUGUUUGCGGUGCAGGUCGCGAGUGCGUUUUUUUGGUUGAGGGUUGAUGGCGUGGCGGCUUGUUUUCUUCCGGGCGUUUUGGUCAGGAUUAGGGGCGUGAGUGAGGUUGUGGCAAUGGGUUUUACGGUGGUGAUGAUGCUGGGGAUGGGGGUUAGGGUUAGGGAUGAGGAGGAGAUGUUGAGAAGGGAGUUUGGGCGGGAGUGGGUUGAGUGGCAUGAGAGGACGAAGAGAUUCGUGCCUGGGAUUAUAUGA